GUGUUUUAUUUAAGAAUACUUGAUAACUAAAAAAGAUUUUUUUUCGGGAUCGGGAUCAAUAUCUCUUAUCUACAAGCCGAUCCCGAGGUGAAAAAUGGCAUCACCAAAGAAGUCUGUUCUUUUUAUUUGCCUUGGUAACAUUUGUAGAUCACCAAUAUCAGAGGCAUUAUUCUUGGACCUUUUAGAAAAGAAAGGAGAGAGAGAUUCAUGGAAGGUGGAUAGUGCAGCAAUAAUAGACUAUCAUGUUGGUAAAAAUCCAGACAGCAGAACAAUAAAGACUCUGAAUAAGAAUGGAAUCACUUCAUACACCCACAAAGUCAGACAGAUAAAAAAUUCAGAUUUUGGGGAUUUUGAUUACAUUGUUGGCAUGGAUAAUGAUAACAUGAGUGAUUUGGAAGAUUUAAAGCCAAAAAACUCAAAAGCAAAACUGGUGAUGUUUGGAGAUUAUGAUACAGAUGGUAGCAAAACAUAUGUAGAGGAUCCAUAUUAUAGUGAUGAUAUAAAGGCCUUCCAGGAAGUCUAUGACAAAGUGUACAGAUGCUGCAGAGGAUUUUAUGACAGCAUUGCCUCAUGAUAAUGACUUGAUCCAAGGUCUGUUUGAAACUCCUUGUGCAAGGAACAAUUUAAAAUUUUUAGUACAGAAACUGCUGCAGAGUUUUAAUACCCUGGCAUACCACAAUUGGCCUAACGAUUUUUUUUUAUUGGAAAUCAAUCAUUCAGGCUGCUUUAUAUGACAACACACAACAAACCUCUGCUAUCAA